UAAAACUUAAUUAAUUCUAGCUUACAAGUCCGAUCCUUAAAUUUUAUUACUAGUCCUACUUCGAGUAAUCACCGUAUACAUGUACUCGCGUAUUUAACAGUCAUUCCAGGACAUCACACAUGUUCUGAGUGCGAACAUAUGCAACAGAUCAUGUUUAGUCGUUUCAAACACGUGAACGCGCCCGCAAAAACAUACACACUCGCGAGGCAAUUAAGUCGUUGACCAUUACCGGACAGACAUGUUCCAUUUCGCUACGGCAUUUUACUUUGACCAUCCAUCCGAUGAUCCAAUCCAAGAUGCUGUCUUGGACCCGACCACGUACACAACAACCCUGAUUCCCUGAAGCCUUCCGCCCCUCUUUCUGACUUGGGUUUAGUUUCGCAGCAGCAGUGAAAGUGCCCCGCCCAAAGAAACCAGCCGCGCACGUACUUGCAUUGCAUAAGCAUAAAUGAAGGGUCCGGCCGGCGCCAUAGCCAUAUAUACCGAGCCUGAAUUUGAAACCCCCCUCCCAUGGAGGCUGAGGCGUUCCCAAUACGGUCCACGCGGGCUGUCCGUCGCCGCAAGUACCACCGCCUGGGCCAGCUGACGGACGUCGACGACGGCACCGAGCUCCGGGCGCGGCAGCUGGUGGGGCGCCUGCGCUCCGGCGGCGGCGCACGCUUGCGGCGGCGGGUGCGCGUGCUCCUGGCGGGCCCGCGGCGUGCGCUGGCACGGGCGCGGGACGCGUGCGUACGCGGCAUGCUGGCUCUGGCCAGGCGGGCGUCGGCACUCGCGCUGCCCUGCGGCGCCGUCGCGAAGCAGCAGCGGGUCGCGGCGCCCGGCAAGCCCACCGAGUUCGAGCGGCGCCUCGUCUUGGAGAUGUACAAGUCCAUCGUCGCGUCCAAGGAGCUCACCGCCAUGCUCCACUCCUCCGCCGCGCACCUGCCGCCCAAGAGUACGCCCGCUGCGGGGAUCCCGUCGUCCACGCAUCUGCUCGACAUGUGAUCCACCAUUUCACCGCCGAUGGAGGAGGAAAACGUACGAGCUGAUUCGCUUAAUCACUGCUAGAGAAAUUAAUUCAGAGGAUCGUCCCAAGCUGUUCAGCAGCGUCGUCGUUAUAUACGACAGUAGCUAAUUUUAUGAUGCAUGUGCACAUGUCAUGCAUCCACGCCCUAGUACUAUACCGUGUGUUAAAAUUAUAGACAUUUUCCAUAUCAUUUUAAUUGCAUAAAUUAACAUUAUGAUGAUGA